AUGCCACCAUCUUCAUCAAACUCAGGCGCUGCGUCGCGAAGCGCAAGUAAACGAUUGAUAAAAGAGCUGGAUACUUGGAAUACAGAGAGAAAGGAAGAGAAUGGUAUCGAGCGCCUCGGCCCUGUUAGUGAAGGCGACUUGAUGGAAUGGGAAGCCGUCAUCAACGGAAGAGGUAUCGGGCAUGGUUAUGACGAGGGUCGCUGGCUGAUCAGCAUUUCCAUUCCAUCGACAUACCCCCUCGCACCACCCAAGAUGACAUUUGUUACACCCAUCGUACAUCCGAACAUUGCGCUCCAGACCGGCGAGAUCUGCCUCGAUUUGCUCAAGGACGCAUGGACGCCUGCUUACAGUGUUCUGGAGUGCGUUCGCGCUGUGCGCAUGCUGCUGGGAUGCCCCGAGACGGACAGUCCGCUCAAUGUUGACGUUGCUGCGCUUCUGCGCUCGGGUGAUGUGCUUGGUACUAGGAAACUUGUGGAGUUUUGGUGUCGCGACUCUGAUGGACGGUAUGAGGGGCAAUGA